UUCGGUAUAAAAGCCGGCGAUCGAGCUGUGAUGCUCUGACAGUCUGACAAAGAAACCAAUUCGAUCGCCUCUUCGAUCGGCUUCGAACGCUUUGCUCCAGCUUGCUGUUGAUUCGAUCGGCACGAGAGAAACCGCGGCGCCAUGAGAACGGAGAUGUUGAUCAGAAUGCAGGCGAGCUCGGAGAAGGGGCACAGCAAGGCCAUGAAGGUCGCGGCGGCGAUCGACGGUGUGGAGUCGGUGACGCUGGCCGGGGAGGGCCGGAACCUGCUGCGGGUGGUCGGCUCCGGCGUCGACUCCAACCACCUCACCAGCCGGCUCCGGCGGAAGGUUGGCCACGCCGACAUCGUCGAGCUCCGCACGCUGCACGACUACCGUGGCUCCGCCGGCGCCGGCGCCACCACCAGCGGCCGCGCCGGCACCGGAUACUGCUACUCUCAGCUCUCCUCCUCCGGUGGCCGCAGCGGCGGCGGCCACUACUACAGCGGCAGCUACUCGCCGUACUACCACCAGCAGCAGCCGGCGGCGGCGCAGCAUCCGUACGACGGCUACUACCCGUCGCCGUACGCCACCACGGUGGUGCAGCACGAGUACUACCCGACCAGCAGCGACGACCCCAGCGGCUGCUCCAUCAUGUAGCAAUUAGUGACUAUUUAGUGGUUUGAUUUGUGAUUUUUCUUCUUCUUCUCAUUAAUUCGGCGAGGUUUGAGCAGUUCGUUCGUGAUCGAGCUGCUAAUAACUGGGGAAUUUGUGCUUCCACUUCGAUUUGUUAGUUUGUUCAUCGUCCUUGCAUGUAAACACACUCCACAGUGUGCUCCAAUAUUGUGUGAAGCUAUCUACGAGACUAUGAUCGACAGGGGGGCUAUAGUUUUUGUCAGCCCCUUCGUUUGAUUGAUUUGAUUUCAGUUUGCAUUGCAGCUGAUGGGUUCUUUUCAGAUUUCUUAAAUUGGGUAUGA